AUCUACAUCUCGAUUGUCGAGGCAACCCCCUGGUAAAUGGGCGUGUGACUGGCUGGCUGGGUCCCGAGAUACCGGAGACUCCAAACGAAGCCUGUGUUCUCAACAGCGCUACAGUAGCUGAGCACACACGCAGGAGAGGUGCGUGACGCGCUGCAUAGAGGGAGGAAUAUAAAUGCUAAAUUCGAGUCAAGCAGUCAAUGCAUUCAAUCAAUCAAUGCUCUAUAGGAUAUUGACAUUUUCUAACCUCCGGUGAUAUUUUGGACUGACUUUUACCGGUGCCGUGCUACUCAUUAAAGCGCAAAUCCCGUAUCCCUCACUUGAUACUACUGACAGCAGCGGAUAGCUGGCUGUGUGUACGCUGAGUUGAGUCUCCGGGAAGGAAUUGGCAGCGGGCGCGUGCCUUUGCGCGGAGCAGAGAGGUGCUGAGCUUCAGGGUUGCCCGGACCGGCCCCGGCGUUCUACAGGCUACGGAUUGACUGGGGAAAUAUUUGGGAAUUGACUUCCUCUCUCGUCAGCGGUGGAGACCUGUCCUUUCCUGUGGUUGUUUUUGAGGUUAACGGAUUUGGAAGGAGGUGCGAAGACUUUGACAGAGAAACAGAGAGGGCAUACUCUCAGCCUGCCGAAAACUGCUUCGCUUCGAUAUUGGAUACAUAUGGGGCUGUGAGUGAGUCUACAAGACGCAGCACCGACGGAUUACCUCUUGCCUGGUCAUCGUUUCCAAGGAGUUGAAACGGGAGUGGUGCUGGCGCCGGGGAUUUUUACUUAUUCUUUUACUCGCUCCGACUACUUGUGUGGAGGAAAUGGCAACGCCAGUGUUUGAGAGAGGACCCCAACUGGAAGAGAGAGGAAACCGGACCUGAAUGACAGGAUACAGCAGCCGACCUGAGACAUAUCCAGACACAUUUCAACUGCUUUAGUCAAUACACUUCUGCUUUAUAUGUUUUCUUUCGGCCCAAGCUUGAAAAUAAGGAAGAAUAACAGGACCUGAAAAACCUUGGGAGGAGUUUUAUUUCGUUUUUCCUCAUUUUAUUUUGUUUCUAACAAAACAAGGAUGCAUUGUGGAUUAGUGCUGUUCCUCUUAAUGGGAAUCUUCUUCGUCGCUAAGGCUUUCAAAAAUGACAAGUGUGGGGACAACAUCAGAAUCACCAAUGCGAAUUACCUCACCUCGCCUGGGUAUCCGACAUCAUAUUUGCCAUCUCAGAAAUGCGUUUGGGUGAUAACAGCGCCUGGACCUCACCAAAGAAUUCUAAUCAACUUUAACCCGCAUUUUGAUCUCGAGGACAGAGAGUGCAAGUAUGACUAUGUGGAGGUGCGUGACGGAGUGGAUGAGAAUGGUCAGCUGGUGGGGAAGUACUGUGGGAAGAUCGCCCCGUCACCCGUGGUGUCUUCUGGGAACCAGCUCUACAUCAAGUUUGUGUCCGACUACGAGACCCAUGGAGCAGGCUUCUCCAUCCGCUAUGAGGUCUUCAAAACAGGUCCGGAAUGUUCCAGGAACUUCACGUCUAACAGCGGGGUGAUAAAGUCACCUGGUUUCCCGGAGAAGUAUCCUAACAAUCUGGACUGCACCUUCAUGAUCUUCUCCCCCAAGAUGUCUGAGAUCAUCCUGGAGUUCGAGAGCUUCGAACUGGAGCCUGACACCACUCCUCCCACCGGGGUCUUCUGUCGAUACGAUAGGCUAGAGAUCUGGGACGGCUUCCCUGGAGUUGGUCCGUACAUUGGGCGGUACUGUGGUCAGAACACCCCUGGUCGUAUCAUCUCUUAUACGGGCAUCCUGGCCCUGAUAAUCAACACAGACAGUGCCAUCGCCAAGGAGGGAUUCUCUGCCAACUUCACUGUGUUGGAACGGACCGUGCCAGAAGACUUUGACUGUACAGACCCGUUGGGUAUGGAGUCAGGGGAGAUAGCAUCAGAGCAGAUCGUAGCUUCGUCCCAGUACAACCCUGGCUGGUCCCCGGAGCGAGCCAGACUCAACUACUAUGAGAACGCAUGGACACCAGGAGAGGACAACAACAAAGAGUGGAUACAGGUGGACUUGGGUUUCCUCCGGUUCGUGACGGCCGUCGGAACACAGGGGGCCGUUUCCCAGGAGACCAAGAAGACCUACUGGGUCAAGUCCUACAAGGUGGACGUCAGCUCUAACGGAGAAGACUGGAUCACACUGAAGGAGGGUUCAAAACAGAAAGUUUUCCAAGGGAACAUCAACCCCACUGAAGUCGCCAGGACGAUGCUUCCCAAAGCCACGCUCACCCGCUUCAUCCGGAUCCGGCCCGUCGCCUGGGAAACAGGCAUCGCUCUGCGCUUCGAGGUGUACGGCUGUAAAAUAUCAGAGUAUCCAUGUUCAGGCAUGCUUGGCAUGGUAUCAGGCCUGAUCACUGAUGCCCAGAUCACAGCUUCGUCCCACACGGACCGGAGCUGGGUACCCGAGAACGCCCGCCUGCUGACCAGCCGUUCCGGGUGGACCCUGCUGCCCCAACCCCAGCCCUUCACCUCAGAGUGGCUACAGGUGGACCUGGGGGAGGAGAAGCUGGUACGAGGGCUCAUCAUCCAGGGAGGGAAACACAGAGAAAACAAGGUGUUCAUGAAGAAGUUCAGACUGGGAUACAGUAACAACGGAUCUGAUUGGAAGAUGGUCCAGGACGCCAGCGGCAACAAGCCAAAGAUUUUCGAGGGGAAUCAGAACUACGAUACACCAGAGCUGAGGACCGUGGAGCCCUUGCUGACCCGAUACAUCAGGGUUUACCCAGAGAGGUCCACCCCUGCUGGGAUGGGCCUGCGUCUCGAGCUCCUGGGCUGUGAGAUCGAAGCUCCCACAAUCCCCCCCACCACGCCCGCCCCCACCACCGCCCCAUCAGAUGACUGUGAUGAUGACCAGGCCAGCUGCCACAGUGGAACAGGUGAUGACUACGAAGUGACAGGUGGAACCACAAUGCCAGAGGCUAUGACAGAUGUGGACACCAUCCCAGCGUUCAUGUGGUUUGCGUGUGAUUUUGGCUGGGCCAACGACCCCUCAUUCUGCGGUUGGACCUCAGAGGACAGCGGCUUCAGAUGGCAGAUACAGUCCAGUGGCACACCCACGCUCAACACUGGACCCAACAUGGACCACACAGGUGGAUCUGGUAAUUUCAUCUACACACUAGCGACGGGCGCCCAGGAAACGGAGGUUGCUAGGCUGGUCAGUCCGGUGGUGACAGUCGGUCAGUCUGACCUGUGCGUCUCGUUCUGGUACCACAUGUUUGGCUCGCACAUCGGCACGCUACACAUCAAACAGAGGAAGGAGACGGUGGAUGGCAUGGCCGACAUACUUCUGUGGACCGUCAGCGGUCACCAGGGCAACCGCUGGAGAGAGGGACGCGUGCUGGUGCCGCACUCCAGUAAACCCUAUCAGGUGGUGAUUGAAGGGUUGGUGGAGAGGAAGAGCUGGGGUGAUAUCGCUGUGGACGAUAUCAAGAUCCUUGACAAUCUAAACAUGGCUGACUGCAAGGAUCCUGAUGUUCCUACAGAGCCCAUGCUGCCUGAAGACAGAUUCAAUGAAAUCCUUGUGGACAUCACAGACUUCCCUGAGAUCGUGGAGAACAAUGAGAUCCUGAACGGUGUCAGUGGCGGGGCAGGUAACAUGCUCAAGACACUGGACCCCAUCCUCAUCACCAUCAUCGCUAUGAGCGCCCUAGGGGUCUUCCUGGGGGCCAUCUGUGGGGUCGUCCUCUACUGUGCCUGCUCACAUGGCCACAUGUCUGACAGGAACUUAUCCGCUCUGGAGAACUAUAACUUUGAGCUGGUGGAUGGAGUCAAGCUAAAGAAGGACAAACUCAAUUCACAGAACUCAUACACAGAGGCGUGAAUAGGAAGGGGGAAGUGAGACGUGCGUGUGGGGAGUGCACAAGACUGUAGGCAUAGCCAAGACUCAAUAAGUUGCCGGGCCUAAAGGGACUGCCAGAAGCCUCUCAUUGGAGCAGGCCCAGGUUCAGGAACCAAUGGGAGGUUGUGACUGAUCCAUUGCUUUUCUCAGGAGCUGCAGUAACAGGAACCUACCAGUAGGGGACACUGUGUACAAAAUUAAAUACAGGAGAAAAAAUCUGUACAGAUGAUGAGAUGAUUAUUUUAAUUUUUCUAUUUGAUUUUCAUUCAUUUUUACAAUCGGAUGCUGGUGUUGAGACCAAUUUAAUGAUUAUAAUGUUUAAAGUAUUUAUCAUUUUCUGGGAGGAAGAAACCAUUUUGUUAUUAUUAUUUUAAAUCAAAGUUGUUAUUUUUGUGUUGAAAGAGAAGUAUCAAAAUCCAAAAUGAACCAUAACUGACAAUGUUGUUGGUACUACUGCCACAUGGGGGGAUAGAAGCAGGGCGUGCCCCCCCCUUAUGACCCCUGCCCUCUGCCUCUGUCUACAGGUGCGGAUCAGAGGUUAAGGGUAACGGUCACGCCCCUUGGCAGUAGAUGGUUCUGACAGUGCCUUUAAUACACCUUAGUUGGCGUUUUUUCCUCCAUUAAGUUCUGACAACGUUAUGAUAAUGAUCCGAAAACUAAAGCAGGGGCUUUAAAUUAGCUAAUAUCAAGUCUGCAAAACAUGAUCCAAUCCAAUCCCUCCAUGGCGCUUUUCUCCCUCUGUCCCAGACACACAUAAUAUUGUAUAUAAGUUUUAAUAUAUUUUAAUGCCCUUUUUUUAAGAAAGUAAAAGGUAAAAAAACAACAAAAAGCUGCGGUAUCCCUUUUUUCAAUGGGUUGUGUUGUAAAUACAAUCAUUUGACUGUUGUUGUGAAGAGUGAAGUGCUGUGGUUGUAUUGUUUCAUUUCGUUGCUCUCCGGAAGAGAGAGCAGACUCUGUGUGCUGUGUGAAGAUAGACCGCUGUUAGGACAGUUCAGUGCACGUUCAAAGAAGACUUGCUCGUUCAACCUGACUGAGCAGCCAAUGUCAUCUCCAAUCCCAUGACACCACGGAGGGGACAACGAAGAAGUUAUCAUAAACACAAAUCAAAAAAGACAAACAGUUGUAUUCAUGUUAUUAACUUCAACACACUAAUUAACAUAUGGCAGCCACACACCCCUAUCCUCCUCCCCUCACACAGGGUCUGUCCUCUUCUCUCAUAUCAACAGCAGCAGUGGAGGAAGAUAUAUGGAAUGUCUGUCUGCCAGCAUACCAAAAAAACAACCAUUGCUUUUGCUUUGCUUUAGCUAUAUGAGUUGACCAGUGGAGUUGACCACCUCUAGUUCCAUAGGUAGCAGGUAGUCUCGCGGGUUAGAGAGUUGGGACAGUAACCAAAAGGUUGCUUGUUCAAAUCCCUGAGCUGGCAAGGUGGAGAAAUCUGCCUUUCCGCCCUUGAGCAAGGUGGUUUACCCCCCAAAACAACUAUGUGCUGUGGAUGUUGAUUAAGGCAGCCCCCUUCAGAGGGCUUUAAUGCGCAAGACACAUUUUGGUUGAAUGCAUUUAGUUGUGCAACGGACUCGGUAUCUCCUUUCCCAGGCAUCUGUGGAUUGUCCUACAAAAAAACAUUGCAACUUAGAAUGCACUUUGUCAUUCAACGUCUAAAUCCUCUCUAGAGGAAGAAAGGCUUUCACAACUGGCUUUCAUGUUCACACAACAGGUUAGAUUUUCAUAAUCAUGAUCAUAGGUUUGUAUUGUGUUGUCACAUAUUGGACACACUACGGCCUAGGUUUACGUCUAUAAAACGUGUAGCAACCAAAUGUUGCGAUGUCAGGGCGGAUGUCAUAAGGGAAGGAUGCUGGUACAGAGCUAAGCGGUCGAGUGAUGUCAUCAUGCAUGGCGAAUCAGGUCACUCGCCCUGUUGUCUUUACCAAAGGAUGAUUGGAUACCUCUUCUACUUGGGGAGGGGUUUGUGAUCAGCACACUACUACUGGACGGUCCGCAGCCUUUUAACCACAUCCACACCUUUUUCAAUGAACGAUCACAGGAAAUUGACCUCUUGCGUUGCACUGACUGGAAUGGACUCCCGGGCAAUUUCAAAAAGAGGAAGGUGGGUUGACUAUAGAAACUGCAGUGUUUGAUGGUUCAUUUUUAUACAUGUUUUUCAGCUGAAGUUGCAUAUCUUGCGUCAAUGUAAACUCUGAAAUCUCUUGAGACCUACCGAUGGAUCUAGCAAUGCUCCAAAAGAGUUUUGGAUGGAGAAGUAAAGGCCUAAGGAGGACUUGACCAUUGGAAAGGCCCAUUGGAUUUUCUACACCACAACAAUCAGAGACAUAAUGAUGUUGAACAGGAGGACAUCUGCUAUAUCUGUGUACUAUGUCGUGUGCUGUGGUGAACACAUGCUCAGCUUGGCUUUUGUUCAUUUCAGGUUUGAUGUCCCACUUUGCAAUGCUUACUGUUUUGUGCAUUCAGCUUUGAGGACAGUAUCCGCAGUCUGGUAACUAGAGAAAAGGAUACUGUAGGGUGGAAACUAAAAAGAAACAAUGUUGCACUGAUAAAUAUAUUUAAGAAGUUUGUGUUUAUAGCAUUCAUUUGUAAAGAAAAUCUAAAACUGAAAAAAACUGUGUUCAUUUUCUUUCUUCUUUUUUAUAGUUUCAGAUUGUGAUAUAAUUCAGAAAUGUACAAAUUAAGAUGUUUUCAUUAUUGAAAAAGGUAUACAAAAUUCCUAUAGUUAUGUCCCCAUUUACCUGGAUUAUUAGAGCUUCGUUUUGUACUGUCAUUCAAAUUUUGUGCACAUUUUUUUUACCAAAAAAAAAAAAAAAACUUUUAUUUUCAAUACUGCUUCUGUAAUUUGCUGUUGUAGGAAAAGAUUAAUAAACAGCAAGCCUUAAAAAAAA